AUGCCCGCCAUCCAACUCGGAGCUACAAACACUGCUCGUGAUGUUGCAAAGCUAGUCGCCCGCGUAACAACCUCAACCCGAAUCGGCAGAACCAGAAGCGGCGUCAGAGUAAUCGGAGGGGGCAUCAUCGCAGCUAUCGUUGUCGGUGUAGUCAUCUUCCUCGCCGUAAUCAUCAUUGGUAUCUGUCUCUUCCGCCGUCACAAGACCCAAAGCAAGAGGCGUCAGCAAGAGAUGAACAAGUACUACGGCGGCGACGGCCGUUCCAGCAUCGGCACUGACGCCCCUCCGCCCGGCCCGGGUUCCGGAAACAACAACAACAACACCAACAACGGUUAUGGCUACACCCAAGGCUAUGGUCAAGGCCAAAACCAGGGCUACGGAUAUGCGCACAUGGCUCAGCCUGGUGAGGCUGGAUACGUGGCGCCGAACAAUGGCGGCGUCGCUCCCAUGGCACCUGCUUAUACCGCCAACCAUGUCACGCACACGAAGUAA